CCAUAAUUGACUCGUUUCUCGGCUUGCGUUUACCUGACUGCAAAGGAUUAAAGUAGAAAACCACGAAGCAGUACUCUCCUUAAUUAACGGCUUUUAAAUUUGGUCCGUGGCUCGUACAUGUGUGUCCCGUAUACCUGUGUGUGUGUGUGUGGGGAGUUGUAGGGCCACGGUGCUGAAAUGUGAAGAGAUAGAAAAGGGAGGUGGCGAUAACUGCGUAUCAAAACUCCACAGAGGAAGAAAAGGGAAGGAUGAGGAGUUGGUCCGCGUCAAUGGACAGGAAUAGAGAUGGCCAGAGAAGGCGUUCUAAUGCUACUGCUGGUUUGGAUGGUUAUUCUUUUCCACCGCAGCAUUCUGAUGCUGAUGCUGAUGCUGCUGCUGCUUCAUCCCCUGACAGAGGCAGACGGUCUUUUCAGGGACUGGGAGUGAGGGAAAUGCCUUCUGGGAGAAGGCGUUCUGAUGCUAAUGCUGGUUUGGAUGGUUAUCCUUUUCCACCACAGCAUUCAGAUGCAGCUGCAACUGCUGCUCCAUCCGGUGGCAGACGCCGACAGGGACUGGAAGCGAGGGAAAUGGCUUAUGGGAGAAGGCGUUCUCAUGCUGACACUGGUUUGGAUGGUUAUGAUUUCCCGGCACAACAUUUUGAUGCUGCUGCAGCUGCAGCUAUUGCUUCAUCCCCUGACAGAGGCAGACUGUCUUUUCAGGGACUGGAAGCAAGGGAAAUGCCUUCUGCGCAUUCUGAUGCUGCUGUAGCCGCCGCUUCAUCCCCUGACAGACGCAGGCGCAGACGCAGACGCCGACCCAGACUAGCUUCAUUUGGACUCGGUUUCGUGACGAGACUUUUCAGAGGAGCUGGGGAAGCGGCAGCUGGUGCAGGUAUAGCGGCGGCUAUGGCGGGAGGAGGAGUUGAUGGUGCUGAUAAUGAUUAUGAAGAUGAUGAUUACUAGCUAAUUACUAAUUUCGAAAUAUAAUCAACUUUUAAAGCCUAGCUUGUCUUGUUUUAGACGCUCAGUGCGUGCCUUUGUAGAUGUUGAAUGAGUCCAUGUUGUUGACAAUAGCAAUAUACUCUUCCAGUUUUUAAUACAGAAUUCAAUUAUU